UAAUCCUUUUAUAGCUUUACCUGUAUAUCCAGUCCAGUCAUUUUUUUGUGUAGACAUAAGAGGGUGUAUUUGACGCUUAGAUGAUUACUUACGUGCUCCUGAUUUUGGGAUGCAGUGCCUUGAGUGCGGCUUCUCCCCCAACUGACUGUCCAACUGUUGACGGGCCUGAUUCAAUGUACUUCCCACAUGAAAAUUGCGAGCAAUUUUGGCAGUGUUCGAAUGGUGUACCCUAUUUGUUCAAAUGUCCGGCUGGCCUACACUUCAAUCCGGUUUUGAAUGUUUGUGAUUAUCCUGAAAGAGCUGGUUGUACCGGCGGUGGUGUUACAGAAAAACCACCACUCCCGACAACUACUGCAGCACCAACUACGACCGAAAAGCCAACUACAACAGAAGAGCCCACAACUGAAGUACCAACAGAGGCACCUACAACCACUGAAGAGCCAACUACUACCGAAGAACCUACAACAACCGAGGAACCAACCACUACCGAAGAACCUACGACAACUGAGGAACCAACCACUACCGCAGAACCAACGACAACUGAAGAACCAACUACUACCGCUGAGCCAACGACAACUGAGGAACCAACUACAACUGCAGAACCGACUACGACCGAGGAACCAACGACAACUGAAGAACCAACAACUACCACAGAAGCAACAACCACAACUGAGGCAACAACUACUACCGAGGCACCGACAACUACUACAAGACCCCCACCUACUCCUGAUCCAGAAAACCCAGGUGACGUAGGUUACAUUUGCAAGGAUAGGCCGGUAGAAUUUUUCCUGAGUGCUCAUCCCAAGGAUUGUGGCCUAUACAUUUCUUGUGACCAUGGCAAAGCCGACGUAAUGCCAUGUCCAGAUGGUUUGUGGUUCAGUCCCGCUAUAUUUGUUUGCGUAGACCGUAGUGCGGCACAAUGCACAGUUGAGUUAAUUAAACAGUUACAGUCUAUCCAGUGUUUUGCAGUAAAUUGGUCAUUGUUUAUUAAACCGGUUAUGAUAUAUAAAGUGGCAGGAUUAUGUUUUUCCCUACUAAUUUUUAUUAUAGUGGUUGCAGAAAAAAGCUGCCCAGAAUUAAAUGGAGAUCAACCCGUGCUAAUACCCAACCCAAGGGACUGUACUAAAUUUUUCAUAUGUGACACCGGCUUGGCGUUUGGACAAAACUGUUCGGAUGGACUCUAUUUCAACCCAACAAUAAAUGUCUGCGACCAACCGGAAAACGUAGUAUAUUGUGAAUACGACGAUUUUGUUUACAUUAAACCUCACUGCAAUUGUUCGAACUACGUUAUGUGCAACUAUGGCGUUGUAGAAGUCAGAGAAUGUGCUCAAGGAUAUCAUUACUCUGAAAGAUCUGAUAACCUUUCAAAUUAUGAUAACCCCUGUGAGGUGGGUGGUUGUUGAUUUGUAUUUACUGAUUUACAUAUAAGUGAUAUACCCAUGUUAUGUAUUAUAUUCUUACAAUAAAUAUCUAUUACUCUUACAA